AUGCCACUGUUUUCAAGCCCCCUCGCCAGUUGCUGCUGCAGCAACUGCAGCAACUGCAGCAGCAGCAGCGCAGCAGCAGUAGCUGCUGCGCAAAAGACAGACUCUUCUUCAUUUGCCAGAGCUGUCCCUCGCUGCAGCAGCAGCAGAGGACACCGCCUGCAGCAGCAGCAGCAGCAACAGCAGCAGCAAGUAGAACAGCAACAAGAGCAGCAGCUGCUGCUGCUCCUGCUGCAGCUGGUGCGCAGGCCUUACCCGGGGCCUCUGCUGCAGCCGGCAGCAAACCAACAGCAGCAGCAGCAGCAGCAGCGGGACAGCGGGCAGCAACAAAUGCAGCAGCAGCAGCAGCAGCAGCGGCAGCAGGCCGAGUCUGAGGUGUACAGACGCCAGAAUGCGAACGUACACCGCGGCGCCUAUCGGCUGGCAGCAGCAGCAACAGACGCAGUAGAGCUGAAGCGCGGGAGCCUCGAGCUGGAUGUUGCUGCUGCUGCAGCGCUGCUGUCCCCCAAAACCCGCGUUUUUGCUGCUGCAUGCGUUUCCAACGUGCUGGGGUCUUUUGUGCAGCAGCAGCAGCUGCAGCAGCUGCUGCUGCUGGCCAGAAGCAGCAGCAGCAAAAUCCUCACCGUGGUAGACGCCACGCAGGCGCUGCCCCACACACAAGUGCAGGCGAGGGCCCUUUGCUGCGACGUGCUGGUAGGCAGCAGCCACAAAAUGUACGGCAGCAGCGGAGUGGGGCUGCUGUGGGGCCGCAAGGAGACACUUGAGCUGCUGCAGCCAGCAGCAUUUGGGGGACAAAUGAUCCAGCACGUGGGGUUUGAAGACAGCAGCUUUGCUGCUCCCCCCUGGAGAUUUGAAGCUGGGACUCUUCCUCUGGCUCAGAUUAGUGGUUUUGCUGCUGCUGUUGAUUUCCUAAACGACGUCGGCAUGCAUAACAUUGCUGCAGCGGACAGAGUGCUGUCGAAGCUGCUGAUGGCGGCCGUGGCAGAUUUGCCGCGCCAGCAGCAGCAGCACCAGCAGAGUGCAGCAGCAGCAGCAGCAGCAGCAGCAGCGGAAGAGACAGUGCCUAUCUGCAGCUUCACAGUCGAGGGACUGUCUCCUUUUGAUUUGGCGCUCUGCGCUGACCAGUGGCACCAUGUGCACCUCAGAGCAGGCCACCACUGCGCGCAGCCGCUGCAUGAAGAGGUGUUGGGGGUUUCGGGUUCUCUUAGGGCCUCUUUGGCGGUUUACAAUACUCAACAAGACGUAUAUAGGUUCCACGACGCUAUGAUCAAAACAAUAAAACGAAUCGACGCUGUCAGGAAAACAGCAACCCGCAACUCUGCUGCUGCUGCCGCUGCUGCUGCUGCCGACAGUGCAGCAGCAGCAGCGCCGCGAGCGGCAGCAGCAGCAAGCAAAACGGCAUCCUAG